AUGGAUGGCGAUGAAAAUUUCACAGUUUAUCUCAGCGCAAUACAUCGUGGAGAAAAUAAAAUACGUACGCAUUACAUUCGCCUACGCUGGCACACAACAUAUUGGGGCAGUUGGUUAUACGGCACAUCGUACCACUAUGAAACACGAAUGAAAGCUUUUAUAAAGCAAUUUUAUCUAUAUGUAAAAAUGUUAAAACAAUCCACAUCAUGUUGCCGAUUUAUUGAUGUAAAAAAAGAUAUUUAUAAACAUUUUGCAUCAAAGGGAUACCUGCUCGACAAAUCUAUCUUUAAAAUAGCGAUUCACAUCCUAUGCUAUCAAAAAACAUUCCUAGAUCCAAAAAUAGAAGACUACCAAUUGGGAUAUUUAUGCUGCUUUUAGUAAGUUGUUGUUUUCCCACAAGGUGAUAAAGGUGAUAAAGGUGAUAACAGUUCUUUAGGACUGCAAUCGUCAUUUGGGAUCACAAAUUUACUUUUUCACAGAUCUGUAAUGGCUAUAUUUAUUUUUGUAUUCGCUUUUACACAUCUGAGAAAACACCCUUCUUCAGGGUUGUAAUAAGCAAAUUUGAUUUAUUACAACCAAUUUGCUUUUUACAGCUCUAAAAACCGGUGAUAAAGAAAUAUGAAAAUUGGCUUUGAUAUCCUUGUGGGUUUCUACACACGGAUAUUAAAGUCAACUUUUUUGUUUCCUAAUCAACAGCUGUACAUUCCAUACCCAUAUUUGGUGAUUACCCUCACAACUUGUAAAAUAUUGCAGAUAUCCCCACAAUUACGUUUGCUGAUGCAACAUGUCAUCCUAAACCGGCUGGAAUGUUUGAUCCAAUUUUGGCAUGGUUGAACGGGCAGUUGGUAAAAAUUAUUCCUGUCUAUGGUGACGAAAAACCCCGGGAAUAUUAUGGUUUCUGCGAUAUCUGUGGCCCCCAACCAUAUGGUAUAGAAAAAUGUGAUGAUAAACUACACCGCGUAAAAAGCAUACAAAACGACAUCGCCACCCUGCGCAAAAAAACUGAAAUACUGCAAAAAGAUUGUGAAGAAGGAAUAACCCGAGAAGGCAUCGAUAAACAAAUCCAAACAUUAAAAGAUAUUCUAAAAAUUACUGUUGACGCAAAAAAAUUGUAA